AUGGUCUUGAGCCGAUCAUGGCUUCCGGCUCAACGGCUUUGCUUGCCGCUCGCGACGUUUUGUGCCCGUUCCUCAUCCGUCGAGACACGAUCAUCUGAUGCGCCAUUCCGCUUAGCAAUCGUCGGUUCUGGUCCCGCCGGGUUCUAUACGGCUUACAGGGUGAUGACAAAACUCUCUCAAGCCUCCGUGGAUAUGUACGAAUCACUACCUGUCCCAUUCGGGCUUGUCCGCUAUGGUGUUGCCCCUGACCACCCCGAGGUUAAGAAUUGCCAGUACAAGUUCGAACAAGUGGCUUCCUCCCCCAGAUUCAACUUUUUUGGCAAUGUCGCUGUUGGGCAUUCUAGUUCGUCUGGCAAGCAGUGCACCGUGGGUCUGGGUUCUUUGAUGCACCAUUACGAUUCUGUGCUUCUGGCUUAUGGAGCUUCUGAGGAUAAAAAGCUGGGUGUUCCCGGUGAGUCUACUUUGGAAGGUAUCUAUUCCGCUCGUCAGUUUGUUGGCUGGUACAAUGGUCUCCCUAGUUGUGCAACGCUCGAGCCGUUAAUUACCAAGGCGGAGGAUGCCGUCAUCAUUGGGCAGGGAAAUGUUGCUCUUGAUGUAGCAAGAAUCCUCUUACAAGACAUCGAUGUCUUGAGAAAGACAGAUAUCGCUGAGCAUGCAUUAGAAAGAUUGUCGCAGAACAGGAUCAAAAGUGUCCGUAUUGUUGGAAGACGAGGCCCAGUUCAGGCUGCUUUCACAAUAAAGGAAGUUCGCGAAUUGAUGAAUCUCCCUAACGUGGCGUUCAAUCCCAUUCAUCGAUUUUUGAUACCGGAUGAUUUGAAAACGUUACCCCGGGCGUCAAAACGCUUGAUGGAGCUUAUAUUAAAAGGAUCCGUGACCCCCCCGAACCGUGCGUCGAGGAUGUGGUUCCUCGACAGCUGCUUGUCUCCCAGGCGCUUCAUCGGGGACAUACGGGCACCUUCUUCUGUGGCAUCCAGUGAAUUCACCGAGAUGAGUCUACUUGAUGCUUUUGAUCCUUCGUCAAGAGCGACUGCCACCGACAAAACUGUUCGCUUAUCUUCUGAUGUCGUGUUUCGUUCCGUGGGUUACAAGUCAGUUGCCCUCCCGGAAUUUUCAGGUUUGGGCAUUCAGUUCGAUGAAUCACGAGGAGUUGUGAACAACGACGGUUUCGGUCGGGUAACGCAAGUUCUGAGUGAUGGAGAAGCAACUAUUUCGAGGCAUAUUCCGGGCCUGUAUUGUGCAGGAUGGGUCAAGAGAGGACCAACAGGCGUAAUCGCGUCGACGAUGCAAGAUGCGUUCAUAACAGGCGAAGCCAUUGCACGCGAUUGGAUAUCGGGAACUAAGUUCCUUAGAUCUGAUGUGCACAGUGCGGCGCCAGGUUGGGAAGGGGUACGGCAAGAGGAGUGCUUACGAAGUGACCUCGCUGUAUCUUGGCAGCAGUGGUUGCAAAUAGAUGAUGCUGAGAAGCAGCGUGGUAAAGAAAAAGGGAAGGAGAGGGAAAAAUACACAGAUACUGAAGCCAUGCUCGCCGUCAUCAGAUGA